AUGUCUGAAGCAGCCCCCGCCCAGUACAAGCAGAAAAGCCGCAAGGGCAAGAAGGCCUGGCGCAAGAACGUCGACGUGACGCACAUCUCUGCUGGCCUCGACGAAGUGCGGGACCAGAUCACGGCAGGUGGCGUCAUUGCCGAGAAGCCCUCCGACCAACUCUUCGCCGUCGACACUGCCGGCGAUGCUGCCAUCCACAAGAAAGUGCAGUCACGACACAAGCCCCUCAAGGUCGACCAGAUCCUCGCCCAGCGCUCCGCCGUCCCCGCCGUGCCCUCGCGCAAACGCCUCUCCGAUCUCGACGAUCAAGGCAAGAGAAAGAAGGCCAAGGUCUCCGGCAGAGAGUACGACCGGCUGCGCGCCAUCGCAUACGGCGGCGAGCAGGUCAAGAAGGACGUAGUGCAGUCUGGCCACACCGCCGACUACGAUCCCUGGGCCGUCCAGGAAGUUGCCGAGGAGCCCCAGUUCUCGUUUCUGGAGAAGAAGAAGGCCAAGGUCGAGCCCGUCACUCUGAAGCGCGCCCCCGUCUCGCUCGCAAAGGACGGCAAGACCAUCCCCGCCGUCCGCAAGCCCGCCGCCGGCAAAUCAUACAAUCCCAACUUCGACGAGUGGCAGGCUCUGCUGAUCAAGGAGUCGGAAAAGGCCGUCGCAGACGAGAAGAAGCGCCUCCAGGAAGCCCAGGAGGAAGCAGAGCGCAUGGAGCGCGCGGCCGCCGAGUCAGAGUCCGACUCGGGCGAGGAGAGCGUGUGGGAGAGCGAGUGGGAGGGCUUCAGCGAAGAGGAGGGCAAGACAAAAGCGAAGCGGCCGGAGCGCAAGUCAGCAACACAGCGGAACAAGAUCAAGCGGAGAAAGGACGCCGAGCGACAAGCCAAGCACGACGCCAAGAUGAAGGCAAAGGACCAGCAGGUGCAGAUGAUCAAGGCGCUGGCCAAGAGCGUGGAAGAGAAGGAGAGGUCAAGAGACGCAGCCAGGAGCAUGGCACUUGCAAUCCAAGCCGAAGCCGAAGGUACCCUCGACGUCCAAGACGGCGAGGAGCUCGAGCUGCGGAAGAAGCAGUUCGGCAGGAUCCCCAUCAUGGAAGCGCCCCUCGAAGUCGUGCUCCCCGACGAACUGCGCGACUCGCUGCGCGCCCUCAAGCCCGAGGGCAACCUGCUCAAGGACCGCUUCCGCAGCAUGAUGCUGCGCGGCGUCGUCGAGCCCCGCCGCCACAUUCCCUACGCCAAGCAGAAGAAAUACACAGUCUCGGAGAAGUGGAGCUACAAGGACUGGGAGCUGCCGGCUGCCAAGUAG